AUGGAGCGGCCCUCGAAGGAGGAAGCCUUUGCCCCUCCGCUCGCGAGGCAGCAGCGGGGGCGCACCGCAGAGGCACCGGUCCCCGGAGGCCCCGCGGGCCACACGGUGAGAUGUGGAAUCCCCCUGCGCGAAACCGAGUCGACCUUUGUCGCCUGGCGCCGCGCGCGCUGGCUGUGCGCUGGGGCCCUGGUGCUGGCCGCCUGCCUCUUCGUCCUCGGCUUCCUCUUCGGAUGGUUUAUAAAAUCCUCCAGUGAAGCUACUAACAUUCCACCGCAUAAUGUGAAGAAAGCAUUUUUGGAUGAGUUGAAAGCAGUGAACAUCAAGACAUUCUUGUAUAAUUUUACACGGAUACCACAUUUAGCUGGAACAGAACAAAACUUUCAGCUUGCAAAGCAAAUUCAAUCUCAGUGGAAAGAAUUUGGCCUGGCUUCUGUUGAGUUAGCCCUUUAUGAUGCCCUGUUGUCCUAUCCAAAUAAGACUCAUCCCAACUACAUCUCAAUAAUUGAUGAAGAUGGAAAUGAGAUUUUCAACACAUCAUUAUUUGAACCACCUCCUCCAAGAUAUGAAAAUGUUUCAGAUGUUCCACCUUUUAGUGCCUUUUCUCCACAAGGUAUGCCAGAGGUUUGGCUUGGAAACUUCCAUGAAGAGACUUGCUGCUACAGUGAGCUGUCCCCUACAGAAUUUCAGUAAGAUUCUGAAAUUUGAAGCACCAUGUAAAACUACAGGCCAGGAGCAAUGAAAAAGUAAGGCUUCUUUGAAGUUCUCAUUGAGGAGUAGCAAAAGCCCAUGUGUCCUCCCUAUCACCAUGCAGCUAGGCAACUCUGUGGUAGUAUAUUCUGUGGAAAACUGAAGCUGAGAGACUGAACUCCGGAUCCUCAGUGGAGGAUGGCAGUGACAUGCUUGGCUGAAAAGAUGAUUAAGCCCUGUAUUGAGAUGGUGGAACCACAUGAUGGAAGCAGACUGGAAUUACUGAGAAGGCAGCAGCCCUGGAGAGCAACUGGACCAUAGUAGAUCUCAUAUGAGCAAGGAGUAAACUUUCAUGUGAUAAGUAACUGAGAUCUUGGGGGCUUUUGGUCCUUUAAUUUAGUCAGUUGUGGAUAUGGCAGUGCAGAGAAAUAUGGGAACUCUGAGAAGCCUCUAUGAAGACAGUAGCCUGGCUCAUAUUGCUAUUUUAAAUUUUAGAACCUGAAAUUUUCCUUGUUACAUUUCAGGGAUAUCACAAUCUCUUCCCGGCAGAUACACGCUCCAAAUAGCCUAGGAUAACAAAAUGGGGGGUUUUGAAGCAAAAGAAACAAAAAUAAAUUUCAGAAAAUAUUUCUUCCACUACACUCCCUAUGUUUUCACUUCACUUUUGUACUUGAAAGAACAUUUCCUUUGCCCAAUAAAGAGAAGCAAUGUUAAAAAUACAGUUUAGUUUUACCAGUACACUGGUUCCUAAAUUAGUCUCCUUGACCUAAGUAGGCAUUUCUCAAAAGAAGAUAUACAAAUGGCCAACAGGCACAUGAAAAGAUGCUCCACAUCGCUAAUUAUCAGAGAAAUGCAAAUCAAAACCACAGAGGGGUAUCACCUCACACCUGUCAGAAUGGCCAUCAUCAAAAUGUCUACAAAUAAUAAAUGCUGGAGAGGGUGUGGAUGAAGGGGAGCCCUCUUACACUUUCGGUGGGACUGCAGAUUGGUUCAGCCACUAUGGAAAACUGUAUGGAGGUUGCUUAAGAAACUACAAAUAGAGCUACCAUAUGAUCCAACAAUCCCAUUCCUAGGCGUAUAUCUGGAAAAGACGAAACCUCUAAUUCGGAAAGAUACAUGCACACCAGUGUUCAUAGCAGCCUUAUUUACAAUAGUCAAGACAUGGAAACAAACCAAGUGCCCCUCAACCGAUGAUUGGUUUAAGAAGAAGUGGUACAUACAUACCAUGGAAUAUUACUCAGCCAGAUAAAGAUGAAAUAUUGCCACUUGCAGCAGCAUAGAUGGACCUAGAGAAUAUCAUACAAAGUGAAGUAAGACAGAAAAAGACAAAUAUAUCACUUACAUGUGUAAUCUCAAAAACAAUACAAGUGACUCUAUAUACAAAACAGAAACAGACACACAGACAUAGAAAACAAACUUGUGGUUAGCUAAGGGGAAAGGGAGCAGGGGAGGGAUAAAUGAGGGCUAUGGUAUUAACAGAUACACACUACUGUACAGAAAACACAUAAGCAACAAGGAUUUGCAAAACAAAACAAAAACAACAAAACAAAACACACAAGGAUUUGCUAUAUAGCACAGGGAACUGUAUUCAUUAUCUUGUAAUAACCUAUUAUGAAAAAUAAUCUGAAAAAAUAUGUAUAUAACAAUCACUUUUCUGUACACCGGCGACUAACACAAUAUUGCAAAUCAAGUAUACUUCCGUUAAAAAAAAAAUUAGUCUUCUUGAAAGGAUCAGGAGCUGGGGGUGGUAAUGAAGGGGGUUCAUCAAGCAAUUCUAUUGAAAAUUCUAUUUUAUUUCAAUUCAACCGGCACACUCAGUUUGGAUACCCACAAUCUGGACCACUCUUCUCAGGAAAAGAUGCCCAAAUCCAGCUGUUCUUCCAUGUCCAGUAAGUUUUUGCUAUACUUAAUCUUGGAAAAGCAAGGGACAUUGACAAUGACAAUUACAUAGAGGCAAGGAUAGAGCCACCUUUGUUCUCACUGCCACGAUCUCUCCUAGGCCUCUCUCCACUUCUGAAAAAUAACAAUCACGAGUCCAGUGUAUAUUCAUCAAGUUUGUAGACAAAAGGCUGUGAAACCGAAAGUAGUAUGUCGUGUUGGUUUAACAACUUACCCCCACCAUCACCUUUUAGAAGAGUCAGUAUUACAUCACAGGUGCUCAAUAAGUGCAGCUAUAGAUAUGUGCUUGGCGGGUGAAGGAGAGAGAAUAUGACCCAGAACUUGAUACAGUAUUAUUCCUCUUCAAAAUAAAGUCCUCUCAAUAUGCUGAAAUGGAGUCCUCUCUGGACGCCUCCUGCCCCUUGCACGAUAGGCCAGUAGUACAUUGGGAAAGACCUGGGAAUUCUACUCAGGAUAUCUGGCGUGCUGGUUUCAGUAAUGUGGGGGUAAUUACUUGGCCUCUCUGAUCCUCCAGUUAAGAGGCAGCAUAUUGUUACCAGAUUUUUUUCAGAGAUUUCAGGAAUUUUUAAUACAACAUGAAAAUUCUGAUUUUUGUGCAUCAUUUUCCAUAGUGUUUAUUUUAAUAAUGUCACUAAUGGCUUCUAAAAGGCUUUACAGUGCUGGGCAUAAAUUAAACCCCCCCCCCUUUUUUUUUACCAUUUCCUAAUCUGCUGAAUUCCAGUUAUAUUUAUUAUUUAUUUUAUUUUAGUGAAGUAUAGAUGAUUUACAAUGUUAUGUUAGUUUCAGGUGUAUAGCGAAGUGAUUCAGUUGUAAAUACAUAUAUAUCAUUUUUUUUCAGAUUCUUUUCCCUUAUAGAUUAUUACAAAAUAUUGAGUAUAGUUCCCUGUGCUAUACAGUAGGUCCUUGUUGGUUAUCUAUUUUAUAUAUAGUAGUGUGUAUAUGUUAAUCCCAAACUCCUAAUUUAUCCCUCCUCCCCCUUUCCCUUUUGCUAACCAUAAGUUUGUUUUCUAGGUCUGUGGAUCUAUUUCUGUUUUGUAUAUAAGUUCAUUUGUAUCAUUUUUUUUCAAGAUUCCAUGUAUAAGUAAUAUCAUAUGGUAUUUGUCUUUCUCUUUCUGACUUACUUCACUUAGUAUGAUAAUCUCUCAGUCAUUCCAUGCUGCUGCAAAUGACAUUAUUUCAUAUUUUUAUGGCUGAGUAAUAUGCCAUUGUGCAUAAUAUAUACCACAUGUUCUUUAUCCAUUCAACUGUCAGUGGACAUUUAGGUUGCUUCCAUGUCUUGGUUAAUGUAAACAGUGCUGCAAUGAAUGUUGGGGUGCAUGUAUCUUACUGAAUUAUGGUUUUCUUGGUGCAGCCACUAUGGAGAACAGUAUGGAGGUUCCUUAAAAAACUAAAAAUACAGCUACCAUAUGAUCCUGCAGUCCCACCCCUGGGCAUAUAUCCAGAAAAUCCUGAUUUUAAAAUGAUAUUUAUUUAAAUAAUUUAAAUAAUAAGUAAACAAAUAACAAUACUGUGUGACCCAACACCCUGCAGUUCAAAGAAAACAUGCCUUUAGGUUAGCGUUUCCCCGUGGACCACCCUUUCCAACUCUGAAAACAGCCCGACCCCCUUAUCUCUGGUUGACGGAACAGGAGUAAACCUAGUGUUUAUGGCCUAUGGAGUGAGUCAUUGUUUUUAACACCCCCUUUCUCUGUAUGACAAAAUUAUUUUGUCAUAAUCAGGAAACAAAAUGAAUAAGAAUACUGACUGGAAAGGAAAUGCAGAAAGUGAAAUUUUCAGUUACUGAACAUCGUAAUGAAAAAGUUUUUUUUUUCAGCCUGAACUUCAUUGUAAUUGAUCUUUGCACAUUUGGGUUAAAAUUUGUCAGUAUAUCUUGACUCAUAGUUAAUUGAAGAACAAUUUUUUUUGGAUUUGCAUUUUAUUUAUUUAUUAAAAAUUUUAAAAUUUGAAAUAUAGUUGAUUUACACUGUGCAAAUCUCUGCUGUACAGCAAAGUGACUCAGUUAUACACUUAUGGACAUUCUUUUUUAAUAUUCUUUUCAUUAUGGUUUAAUCACAGGAUAUCAAAUAUAGUUCCCUGUGCUAUACAGUAGGACCUUGUCAUUCAUCCAUUCUGUAUAUAAUAGCUUGCAUCUGCUAACCCAAAACUCCCAGUCCUUUCUUCCCCUACUCCCUUCCCCUUUGACAACCACAAGUCUGUUCUCUAUGUCUGUGAGUCUGUUUCUGUUUUGUACAUACGUUCAUUUGUGCCAUAUUUUAAAUUACACAUAUAAGUUAUAUCAUAUGGUAUUUAUCUUUUUCUGACUUACUUCACUUAGUAUGAUAAUCUCUAGUUGCAUCCAUUUUGCUGCAAAUGGCAUUAUUUCAUAAAGAACACGUCUUAUUAAUUUAAUUUUAAAGUUUUCUUUCACAUGGAGCAACCAACAUACAAAUAGGAAAAAUCUUAAACUUAGGGCUAAUUUUGUCAGAGUCAUAAAAAAUCUCAUUUCACAUUAAUUUCCAGAAAUCACAGUGCUGUCCAUGUCUGUUUCUUUGGGAUUGAAUUUAUCAUCUUUCAUAUGUCUCUACAGUUGAAAAUUUUAAAAUACCAAAAAACUCCACAUGGUCACAGGGAAUGACAGAAAUGAUGGAAUUCAAAUUCUGUUUUCUUAUUUUUAUAAUCCCAUAUUUUGAUUAUCUCAAAUCUACUGUUUAAAUACAGGAAUCAGUAGUGCUAUAGAAAUUGGCAAAGCGAAUUUUACCAUAGUGAGCAUGAACUGUUAUGGACUUACUUUUAAGGGUAUGUGUGUAGCUGAGUCCUCAUUAGUCCACAGUUAACUUCAGCGAAAAGUUCUCUAAAUUAAAUUCUAUGUGGGACACAAUAUCUAUUAAAGAUAAGUAAUAAAAAUAUGCUAACUUGAAGUCUACAUAUACAUUAUUAAAAUUCAACAGUAAUUUCAAUAUUUAUUUAGAAUAGAGACUAAGACAAGAUUUUUGGAGGGGGAUUAUUUCAUCAAUGCUAUUUAUUAGAAUUUCUGGCACAUGGAGACUGAGAUUUAGUCAUUCUGGAAAGAUGAAGCAAGCCAUCCAAGAACUCAGAGUUCAUUAGCAGAAGACCAGGACUGGAACUCAGAUAUCUUGUUUCCUAGCACUGGGUAAUAAGAUGGGUAACACUGCAACAUGAAACAAUUCCUCAGGACUGUAAAAGGGAAAUAAAAAUAAUUAUUAAUUAUUUUAAUAUUAUACCAACCAUUAAUUUAUUGCUUAUUGUGAACUAGGCAUUGUGAUAUGUGUUUUAUAUAGACUGUCUCAUUUAAUUCUCACAACAACAAUUCUGUAAUUAUUAUUCCCAUUAUGCAGAUGAGAAAACUGAGGCUUGUGAGAUGUGUGUCAUCAGAAAGGUAAAGGUGGGAGAGAGCACAUUGAUCAACAGGGCUGUCUAGAGCUGUGAGCUCCUGCUGCAGCCACUGCCACUUUCCCUCCCACCUCCACCCACAUAGCAAUUCAUCUUUUCACUUUUGGGUUCUGGGAAUUUAGGUGGGGUCUGAGUUCUAGACUCUAACAACCUGUGGGUUUGCAGGUGUAAUAUCUAAUCUUCAUUGCUUGGUGAACGAGAGAGGGUGGGACAGAUGUCACCCAGGGCCCUUCCUCAGUGAAGCAUGAACCCCUUAUAAUGAUAGUACGUUGACAACAGUAGCUCCAAUGGGAUCCAGACAGCCUGUGGGCUGCUCUUUCAUGCUCCCAAAUCCUGUUUGUGUCUGGACCUUUAACAGUUUGUCUGGGAGAGUUUGAAACUGCCUUGUCUCAGGUUACCAAUUAGAAAAAUACAACCCCUGUGUACUGAUACUUACUUCUCAUUUUUCACUUUGUAUUCUCCUCACUCAGGCUAUGAGACUUGGGCUGGAAAUCCUGCCCUUCCUUCAUAAGAUUCCUGAAGCUAAAACAUUCCAGCAUUUUGUGAUUUAAAAAAAAAAAAAAAGGUGUUCUCCCUAUCCUGGAGAGGCAGAGCAGUAAACAAAUAGAUUUCUCCAAAGAAUAAUUAAUAAUUCAAAUACUUUUAUCAAUUAAUAGGCUACCAGUAUACUUAAUAACAGAGGCUGAAAUAUUUAAUGUUGUAUUUGUUUUUCAUGUUCCUCUCUGCUGCCUUAGAAAGCUGUCUUCAUAUUUUAUUUUCUCAUUGCCCCUUAUGUCCCCUCAUUUGAUGUAGUUUUUGGAGGAUUUGAGGCAAGAGGCAAACACUAAGAGGUAGAUUGCCACUUGGAUGUUUGACUUAGUAUCUUCUGUAUUUUGGGGAAACACAAAUUGCUAGGGACUUGGAAUCUGAAGAACAAGAUUUUAACCAUUCUUCUGGCACUAAUUUGUGUUAAAUUAGGCAAAAAUCUUAACCUCUGUGGGCCUCAGUUACACUGCUUGUUAGGUGAGAGUAAUAACCUCAACUCCCAGGACCAUUCUGAGAAUUACACUCUUGGCAUAGAGUAGGGGAACAAAAAAGCUUCUUUCACAGGGACCACAGGAAAUAGGACCUAAAUAUCUGAUGUGUAAAUAUUAUGCACCUUGAAGUUAGAACUGUGUUUCAGAUCUCUGGAAUAUUCUUUUGUAUACGACAAGAGUUUGUUCUUCAGUUUGACUCGCCAUGUGUUUGCUGCCUAUUUGUGUUGGCUGCAUAAUCUAGAGGUGCCUUAUUUUCCUGGUGGGAAUAGUGGAGAGGAGAAUUUUGUGCAUCCUUUGAUGUGGCCAAUCCUUAACUUGAGCUUUUGUCUGAUGCCAGAGACAUGAUUCAUCUCUGAGACCAUGUCCUCGAGAAGUACUUUUACCCAUGAAAGAGCAGAAAAAAGCCCCGGCUCUGAUGUUUGACCAGGUAAGGGAGAGACUAGCUUGAGAACUGCUCUCCUUCCACCUACAGACUCCCGGAAGAGGAAAGCACAGGUGCUUUCACCAUGAAACUAAUAAAACCUGAGUCAGAAGCUUUGAAGUUGUUUAAAACGUUCAGAGAUCUGGGCUGCUGCCGAAGUUGGAAGCCUAGAGUGCAUAGUUUUCUUUUAAGGAUACCACUUACGAUAUUUUGAUUCUGAAAGUUCAAGAUUAUGAAAUGGGAACUGGAGGCAAAGGAAGCUAUCAGUAAAUCGAUCUGUGUAAUAAAGUAAUAGGAAUUUCCUAUUUUUCCUGGUGGUCCCCAGGAAGUGUUCAAAGGCCUCUGAACUUGGGGAAGCAUAAGGGAAAAUACAGGCAAGAGGAGAGGGAAGAGUACCACAGAUGUUGAGGAUAAGGGUCUGAGAAGAGAAACAGCCAGGAAAGGACAUUGGGCUGAUAUGGUCAGGAAAUGUUACAAGAGAGCCUUAAUAGUCAGUUGUAAGUUGUUUCCUCUUCUGUGCUCUAAUCUUCUCCUUAAACCUGCUACUCACAUCAACUCUGUGAUUGUGAUGACCUGGGGCAUGGGGAAGAGGGGCUGUGUCCAUGCUGAAGGGGACAGCAGGCCCAGGGAGGGUGACAAGGCACAGAUGACCAUAAUGAUGAUGAUCUGAGGAGGAGCUUGGAGAAAAGAUGAUGGAACAAAUAAGAGAUGAGAGAGAAUGCAAGCAUCCCCCCAGCAUGGAAACUCUCAGAGGAUCUGACUGGUGAUAACUUAAACUCAGUGCAGAAAGGGGGCUCUCAUUUUUGUAUUUAGAUAGUGAAAAUUGUGACCUCAGAGGUGGAAAUUUGGACCGAAAAUGCAAUACUCUGAGCUGGCUCAGACACAUGUCCACCCAGAGAGUAAGGCCAGGCCAACUUGGAUCUCAAAGAGGGGAAGAUACCGAUGAUCUGUGCACAGACACACUCCACUUGUGGGUUGUGGGAAGGUGGUCAGACACCCAGAGGCUCAGAGCACACUUCCCAGGCUUUACCGGGCUCAGCUCAUCAAAGAGACUGCCAGAAUUUUAAGAGGAAUUCCCAUCAGAGUGGGAGGAUAGACCAGCACCAGGGGAAUGAGAAAGAGAGGAAGAAAAUUCCACUUAGAAACAAGAAACAGAACCAAAGAACAAAGGGUGGAAUUCCAGGAAGAGAGAACAGAAAUUUUCUCCCCAAGGUGAAAUGUGUGUGAAAAUCACUUUUUCAUUCAGAAUCGUGGCGUCUGUAGUAUUCUGGGGAAAGCUCCAGAAAGUCAGACAACUCACUUCUCAGGAAGUCAUAUAUGCAUGAGGCUGCAAGUGCAGAGCACAGAGCAAGCCCAGUCACAUAGCUCUUUUUUUUUUUUUUGGCUGCGUUGGGUCUUCGUUGUGGUGCGCGGGCUUCUCAUUGCGGUGGCUUCUCUUGUUGCAGAGUACAGGCUCCAGGCACAUGGACUUCAGUAGUUGCAGCACAUGGGCUCAGUAGUUGUGGCUCGCGGGCUCCAGAGUGCAGGCUCAGCAGUUGUGGCACAUGGGCUCGGCGGCAUGUGGGAUCUCCCCAGACGAGGGAUCGAACCCGUGUCCCCUGCAUCGGCAGGUGGAUUCUUAACCACUGCGCCACCAGGGAAGGCCCAGUCACAGAGCUCUUGACCUCACUUGUGUGUUUUCCACCUCCCAGCCUUGCCUAAGCCAUCCUUCCCCUCUUUCCAAAUCUCUGAAUCAUCUUCCCAUGCUAACUGUAUCUGGAAGGCUUGUGUCUGCUCCCAUCAGCCCUCAGGCAUAUCCCCAUGCAGAGCUGACCGUUGACUGAUGUGCAGAACUAAAUGCAGCUCUUCCUUUACUGCAUUGAGGGGUAUUUUUCAUAUGUGUUUGCUCUGGAUGCACUGAAGUCUUUCUCAGGGAAGGCUUAGUGGCUUACAGCAUUGGACAUGGGCUCCAAUCCUGGCUCUGCCUCUUUUUAGCUAUAUGACUGGGGCAAGUUCACCUAACCUAGAAAUAGAGAAACAGUAAUACCCACCUCACUGAGUUGUUGUGAAGAUCAAAUAAAACUACACAUGAAAAGCACUUACACGGUGUCUGGCACAUACUAAAUGCUCAAUAAAAAAGAUUAUUCGGGCUUCCCUGGUGGCGCAGUGGUUGAGAGUCCGCCUGCCGAUGCAGGGGACACGGGUUCGUGCCCCGGUCCGGGAAGAUCCCACAUACUGCGGAGCGGCUGGGCCCGUGAGCCAUGGCCGCUGAGGCUGUGCGUCCAGAGCCUGUGCUCCGCAACGGGAGAGGCCACAACAGUGAGAGGCCUGUGCACCGCAAAAAAAAAAAAAAAAAAGAU